AUGAACAACCCACGCCGACAACCAAACGCCAACAUCCCCCACCCAUCCACUUUCCUCUGGGCCCACGAGCUCCGACGCGAAAACAUUCAACUCGUGAAUCAACUCAACAGCCUCAGAGCUGACCUCGCUGUUGCCAAUGAUACCAUCGCGAAUCUGAAUCACAGACUUGAAAGUCUAGAUCUACGAGCACGCGAGGAAUAUUCCAAGCUAGAGAAUAGCCUCAAGGAACUGGAAGCUCGAUUCGACAUCAAUCUACGAACUGGUAUUGAGCGGGUUGAGGAACUUGAGAAUGAGAAUCGUCGGCUAUGGGGUAUGGUUGAUGGGUUGGAGAAACGUGCGAGGGAACAGCAGGCGUUGGAGGAGGGUAUUCGCGUGAAGGUGCUGGAUGAAGUGAGAGAUAUGUUGAUGGAACGGGGAGAGAGUGGAGUGAAGGUGGGGAUGGGAUUGGGAAUGCGGAGAGGAGAUGUUGUCAAGGCUUGUUCUGCUGGGUCUGAUGUUCUUGUGCCGGAUUCGAUGCCUAUGGGUUCGGUGCCUGGUGGUGGUGGUGGUGGUGGGAGGAGUGGGCUGUCGUCGACGCUUUCUGAUACUACGUGGGGGACGCCUUCUUUGGUGGGUGAGGAGAAGACUGAGGAAUAUGGGUCGGAUUUGGAGGGUGUUAUGAAGCAGUGUGGGAGGUCGUUGGCUGAUUAUUUGGCCGUUGCUGAGGGGAUGAGGUGUGGAUUGCAGGCACAGAGGGGUGAAGGUGAGGUUGUUAGAGCUGUUGUACGGGGUCUUGAUGACUCUGGUAUCCGGGCUUUGAUCGAGGGAGAGAUGAACAACGCUGGGUGGUCUUGGAGUGCUUUGAGGGCCGUCAUGCUGAAGGUUAUUAAGGACAGGGAAAUGCCUAUACAGGAGCCAGUCAAUGAAAACGAAACGCCCAAUGGAAAUGACAAACUCGAGUCGUCAAGUGCUCCGCAAGUCCAGCGCAAAAGGCAAAGAACGAGGAGAUACAUACCCAUUGUACCAGCUGAUGAAGAGGACGAACGCAUUGUUAUGGAAAUGUACCGCCGUUGA